CCUUCGCCGGUUGGCACCCCACCCGUCCGCGCCGUCGUCACCUCGUCCGCAACCCGUUCGGCGAUAUGCCGCCGCCGGCGCCGCUCUUCCUCUCGCUCCCCUCGCCUCCCCCGCCGCUCCUGCCCGUCCACCACCACCCCAAGGCCCCGCAAGCCCUUUCCCUAGCCCCGCCGCUCGCCUCCUCCAGGAAGGCCGCCCUCCCCGCGUGCCCCGUCGCCUCCUCGCGCCACUCGGACUACUUCGACCCGCGGGCCCCGCCGCCGCCUCCGCCGCCGCGCGGGGACGGCGGGUACGGGCGCCCGCCCAACGGCGCGCACGAGGGGAGGGUGUUCACCAGCUACAGCAUCUACAAGGGCAAGGCCGCGCUGUCCUUCGACCCCAGGCCGCCGCAGUUCGUGCCGCUCGAUUCUGGAGCGUACAAGGUAGCCAAGGAGGGGUUCGUGCUGCUGCAGUUCGCGCCAGCCGUGGCCACGCGCCAGUAUGACUGGACGCGCAAGCAGGUGUUCUCAUUAUCUGUGUGGGAGAUAGGAACUCUGCUUACACUUGGUCCGACGGAUUCAUGCGAGUUCUUUCAUGACCCUUUCAAGGGGCGGAGUGAAGAAGGUAAGGUGCGUAAGGUUCUUAAGGUUGAGCCAACACCAGAUGGCAAUGGUCGCUUUUUCAACCUUAGUGUCCAGAAUCGUCUUCUCAACGUCGAUGAGAGCAUUUACAUCCCUAUAACCAAGGGAGAGUUUGCUGUCAUUGUAUCAACUUUCAAUUACAUCAUACCACACCUGAUGGGCUGGAGCACAUUUACAAGUUCUAUCAAACCCGAGGAUUCACGGUCGUACAACAGGCCACAGUCCACGCCUGAGUAUGAGUGGCGAAGGUGACCGAUGAUGUGCACGAGGGAGAUGGCUACAGCUCAAAGGGUGGAAUCGAUUGGUUUGGUGCAUAAUUCGGUUGGGUAAUCUGUGAAGAAUGCCUUUUGGGGUUUUACUGGCUUUGUUUCCUUUCUAGCAAAGCUGGACUUGGUAGCACCCCAGCUAUUCAGAAUUUCUCAGCUAUGUAGAAAAGUUUCACGGGGCAUGGCAAUGGCAUGGCCGCAUGGGAUGGGGGCCUUGUUUUGACUUUUGAGCAACAAAGCUCAGUUCUGACUAGGGGCUGCCGCAGCAGCAGAUACCCCGUUGUUGAUGUUGAGAUGCUUAGCACACCAAAGCUGCGAAGGCUUCGUGUCAGUCUGCCCCUAACCCACAGUUCUUAGUGGUACAAACUGAGAAAUGACUUGUCCUGCCACUGCCAGAAAAGGAAUGACCUUCCAUUCUUGAAAUACUCACCUCAAGUUAUUUGUAAAUGUAGUGUUUGCUGCAAUCUACUGCCUCGUUCCUUGA